AUGAAGGAGGAAUCUGAUCGCGGUGAAGAAGCCACUUCUUCUGCCUGUGUGGGGAAGAAGCGGAGCAGAUCAAUAGCGUCAAUGGAUGAGGAAGGGUGGAAGGGGAAGAGAUCCUCCGAGCCACGUCCGUGCACGGAGUGCGGCAAGAAGUUCUGGUCUUGGAAGGCACUCUUCGGCCACAUGCGAUGCCACCCUGAGCGUCAGUGGAGAGGGAUCAACCCUCCCCCCAACGUAAGAAGACAGCAACAGCAACAGCAGCAACAACAUCAACAGAUGACCAUGAUAAUGACCCAGGAAGACCACGAGGUCGCUGCCUGUUUGCUUCUGCUUGCCAAUUCCAACAAAGAGAGGGACAAAGAGAAAGAGGAAGAUGUUCAUCAGUGGCAGUUCGAAUGCUCGAGUUGCAGCAGGGUGUUCGGAUCGCACCAGGCUCUUGGAGGGCACCGUGCGAGUCACAAGAACGUGAAGGGGUGUUUUGCCAACACAAGUAAUGUAGGCGUAGGCUUAGGCAUAGGAAGCAGCAGCAACAACAAGUGCGAUGAGGAGAGCAUGAGUGGUGACGGGCACAGGUGCAGCAUAUGCCUUAGGGUAUUCUCCACAGGGCAGGCACUGGGCGGGCACAAGAGGUGUCACUGGGAGAAUCAGAAAGGGGACAACCUCCUCCUCCUUGACUCACCACCUAAGUCCUCCGUCCACUUGAAUUCCCCUCCCCCCAUCCCCUCUCCUCCCCUCACUCUCGAUUUGAGGUUGCGACUCUAG